AUGAGGCUAGUGAUCCCCAACCCUGGGAUUGAGGACAGGAUUCCCACUUAUGGAGACCUGGAGAGAAUAGAAAAAGAAGAUGCAGGAGACAGGCCCAAGUGGGACAACAAGGCUCAGUACCUGCUCACCUGUGUGGGCUUCUGUGUGGGACUGGGGAACGUCUGGAGGUUCCCCUACCUGUGUCAGAGGCAUGGAGGAGGGGCUCAGGUGUUCUACUCAUUCUCCUUGGCCUUUGGAGGACUCAUCUCAUUCUCCAGUUACAACUCUGUUCAUAUUGAAGGAGUUGUUGUUCCUUUGCAAGACCUUAAAAUUUUUCCGAAGAACUUCCCAAAAGAGGCACUCACAGGCAUCGUGUGUCUUGUAUCUUUCCUGAUUGCAUUGAUAUUCUCUCUGCACUCAGGGGACUACUGGUUAGCUCUUUUUGACGGUUAUGCUGGUUCUGUCCCUCUCCUCAUUAUUGCAUUCUGUGAAAUGGUUUCUGUGGUUUACAUCUAUGGAAUAGACAGGUUUAACAAAGACAUCGAGUUCAUGAUUGGGCACAAGCCGAACAUCUUCUGGCAGGCCACAUGGAGAGUGGUCAACCCUCUGAUUGUGCUGGUCAAUUUUAUCUUUUAUCUUGUUAGUAAAAUCAGCUCCACAUUGACUUACAUUGCAUGGAAUCCUGCCUCGGAAGACUUCCCAAAGCUGGAGACGUUGUCCUAUCCUGACUGGGUCUACUUCAUCAUCUUCCUUCUGUCCGGAAUACCAAGUCUGAUCAUUCCAGCGUUCGCUCUGUACAAGUGUUUCCAAAGAUGCAUCAGCAAGAAAAACAACAGCAAUCUUGAAACUUAA